ACACACACACGCCUCCCGUACGUGCAGCAGAUGAUUUCAAGGAGACGCAGUUCUCUUUUUUUUUUUUAAUUCACAAUGAAAACCAAACACAGAGUGCGUGUGCGUGUGCGUGCGGUUGGCUAAGGUGUGGCGCAGCGCCCCCCCCCUCCCGCAGGUGUGCAGACAGGUGGAGGAGACGCAGCGCAGCGCCGGACACCACCCGCUGCUACAGGAGGAGGAACCCCGGGGGUCCCCGCCGCACGAGGACAAGAUGAACUGGGGCUUCUUGGAGAACAUCCUCAGCGGGGUGAACAAGUACUCCACGGUGAUCGGCCGCAUCUGGCUCUCCGUGGUCUUCCUCUUCCGGAUCCUGGUGUACGUGGCGGCGGCCGAGCACGUGUGGAAGGACGAUCAGAAGGACUUUGUGUGCAACACCCGGCAGCCCGGCUGCGAGAACGCCUGCUACGACCACUUCUUCCCCAUCUCGCAGGCGCGCCUGUGGGCCCUGCAGCUCAUCGCGGUGUCCACGCCGUCCCUGCUGGUGGCCCUGCACGUGGCCUACCGGGAGCACCGCGAGGAGAAGCACCACCGCCGGCUGUACCGGGACAAAGGCAGCCUGGACGGGGGGCUGUUCGCCACCUACGUGCUCAGCCUGGUCUUCAAGGUGAGCUUCGAGGCCGGCUCCCUGCUGGCCUUCUACUACGUGUACGGCGGCUUCGCGGUGCCCACGCGCCUGCGCUGCAGCCAGAGCCCGUGUCCCAACACGGAGGACUGCUUCAUCGCCAGGGCCACGGAGAAGAAGGUCUUCCUCUACAUCAUGGGCGCCACCUCCCUGCUGUGCAUCGUCCUCAACCUGGCGGAGCUGGCCUACAUCGUGUGGAAGCACCUGUGGAAGUGCUUCACGCGGCGGUACGUGCCCGCGGGGGGCCGGGCCCGCGCGCGCGUCUCCAGAGGCGACGGGUUCGCGUCCGCGGAGCCCGCGAUGGGCCCGCAGGUGGAGGACAGGAUGGACCCGCAGGUGGAGGAGAGGGUGGACCCGCAGGUGGAGGAGGGGAGGGGCGCGCAGGCCCCCCCCGCCCACUGAGAACCAGACCGUCCAGUCCUAAAGGGGGGAGGGGGGGGGGAGAAUAGACAUCUGUGCUGUAAAGUGUCAAACAGAUUGGAUGUCAUUUACUAUUUAAGAGACCGAAUCAUUUUAACUGUAAAGUAUAAAGUACCAGGCGGAAGUCACACAAACACUUCCCUGUUGGCCUUCUUCCAAUAUCACACUUUUUAUUCCUCAUUUCAACAUGCUGACGCUCUGGAGGGAACGUAAUCAUAAUAAACUAACGUUGCAUUGUGGGAAAUGUA